UUUUCUGCCAGCUCUUCUCCAGGUUUAAGCCAACCUGUUGAAUGAUGCCAGCUGCUUAAAUCAAUUUGACAAGCUAUCUACUUCAAGAACAUCACUAUAUAAAUCUUCAGGAACUUGGCUUGUAUCAUUAUCACAUAGCCAACUUGUCCAUCUCAGCAAAGCACUCUUCCUUCUCUCUUCAGACACAUGGCUUCAACCUCAAACAAACAUAUAUAGAUGUCAUUUUCUUUCUCAAAAAUGCUCUCUUUGAAGUUUUUGCUUUCUGUGUUGGUCAUAUGCUGUCUAAUGGCAAUUUCAGAGGGUAAUUUCUACAAACAUUUCGACAUUACUUGGGGUGAUCAUAGAGGUAAGAUACUGAAUGGUGGCCAGCUUCUCACCUUGUCGCUUGACAAGGCUUCUGGCUCUGGUUUUCAGUCCAAGAAUGAGUACCUAUUUGGCAGAAUUGAUAUGCAAAUAAAACUAGUACCUGGCAACUCAGCUGGCACUGUCACAACAUUUUAUCUAUCCUCUAAAGGACCGAACCAUGAUGAGAUCGACUUCGAAUUUCUGGGAAACUUGUCUGGAGAUCCAUACAUUCUCCACACCAAUGUGUUUAGUCAAGGAAAAGGGAACAGAGAACAACAAUUCUAUCUCUGGUUUGAUCCAACAUUAGCCUUCCACACCUACUCCAUUGUUUGGAAUGCUCAAAGGAUCAUGUUCUUGGUGGAUAACAUACCUAUAAGAGUAUUCAACAACUUGGAACCAAUGGGUGUGCCAUUUCCUAACAAGAAACCAAUGAGGAUAUAUUCAAGUCUUUGGAAUGCUGACGACUGGGCAACAAGAGGUGGGCUAGUGAAGACUGAUUGGACAAAAGCACCUUUCACUGCCUCUUACAGAAAUUUCAAUGCAAAUGCAUGUGUUUGGUCAUCUGGCUCACCUUGUGAAUUAAUCUCUACAAAUUCCUUGCAAGACUCUGCAUGGCAAGUUCAAGAACUUGAUGCCUCAGGCAGGAACAGGAUAAGAUGGGUGCAUCAGAAAUAUAUGAUCUACAACUACUGCACUGAUUUCAAACGAUUUCCUGAAGGUCUUCCACCUGAGUGCAAGAGGUCAAGAUUUCUCUAGAUUUGGAGAACCCGCAUCCUGUAUAUUGCCUUAUAUUAUCAUGUCACCUUUUAUUCUUUGACGAAAUUCUUUAUUCUUUCUGAAAAUAAUACGAUUGUAACAUAAUCGAUAUGACUUUGUUUUCUCCUUAUAAAUCCAUUUCAUGUGCUUCUUUCA